AUGGAGACUAGACAAAGACGUGCUCGGGGCAGUGGGCGAGAAUCCAGACUAGUCCAAGACCAAGGAGAGGAACAAGGUUCUGUGGCGAAUCAGAACCAAGGACCCCGAGGAGAUGGAGGGGACCAGGGUCAAGUACCUGGUAACCAACAAAGGGACCCUGAAGUAGGUGAGGAUAGGGCCUUAGAGCGAUUCCAAAAGUUUGCUCCUCCAAAAUUUCUUGGAGGACCUGAACCCGAAGUUGCCGAGAAUUGGUUCCAGCGAAUGGAGGAUAUAUUCGCCGCAUUACAUUACACUGAAGAGAAGCAAGUUACUUUCACCGUUUUCCAGCUAGAAGGCGCAGCCCGUUCCUGGUGGAACGUAGUACGGACAAAGUGGGAUAGGGAGCAAACUCCCCAAUAUGAAACUCAGUUCACUCGACUCUCCAAGUUUGCUCCAGAAUUGGUGGUUAGUGAACAAAAGCGCAUAAGGCGAUUUGUACAAAGAUUGAAUGUGGAAAUUCAAAAGGAUUUAGAUGCUGCUCAAAUCGACACUUUUAAGGAUGCUCUCGAAAAGGCUCAACGCGUGGAGCAGGCCCGAUUUCAAGUUCGGACCUUUCAAGCUAAGAGGCGUUGUACAUCUAGUAGUGCGCCUGGGCGAGGUGAUCAGAAUGUGCCACCUCUUAAGUUUGGAAGAGGCCAUAUCAAGGACGCUUGCUGGCGAAAACUGAGGAAGUGCCUCCGUUGUGGUAGUUUCGAACAUCAGCUUGCUGGAUGUCCUGUUAAGAACCGUGAGGGAAACGGAUGUGCUCAGCCGGAGAAGUCAAACCCUAAGCAAUCAACGACUAGUGGGAGUAGACCAAAAUCCUCGGCUAGGGUUUUUGCUUUGGACUAUCAGCGAGCUCCUGAGUCCUCUGAAGUGGUAGAAGAAGUUAAAACACCUACUGGAGAUCAGAGUUUAAUUACCAAUAUGAUUUAUAGAAACUGUGAGAUUCGGGUAGGAGAACGGAAAUUGGUGGGAGACUUGAUAAGUUUAGAUCUUAAGGGGUACGACGUGAUUAUAGGUAUGGAUUUGUUGGCCCGAUAUAAUGCACAACUGAAUUGUAAAACUAAGGUGGUGGAAUUCUCGAUACCAUGUGAGGUAACUCUUAAAUUUGAUGUAAGAGGUAAGUUAGCCUCGUCUGCACUUGUCUCGGGAAUUCGAGCCAGAAAGUUGUCGAGUAAAAGGGCGCAAGGAUACUUAGCCUUCUUAAUUAAUACUCCUGGAGAUAAGGUGAAACUGGAGGAUGUCUUAGUAGUGAAUGAAUUUCCUAAUGUUUUUCCCGACGAGUUGAUGUCCAUACCACCCGAAAGGGAGAUAGAAUUUAAGAUCGAUUUGGUACCUGGAACUGCUCCCAUUGCAAAAACACCAUACCGAAUGGCCCCCGCCGAGAUUAAGGAAUUGAAACUGUAG